AUGAAGACAAAUAACCAGAGCUCGCCGGGACUUCUCCGAGACAAACUUCAACGACGUAGCACCGACGUCUCCUACAGGACCGCCGUCAUCGCGGCAGCGGCGUCGUGUAGAAAGCCAGAAGCUUCCAUCAUUCGUACGGAGACGUCAUCACCCUUCGUCACCAACUUGUGGCCUAGACGCCGGUUUUCUGCUCAGUCACGAGGCACGUGUGGUCGUGUGUGUUUCAACCACACGGCGACGGCACUAGAGGAGAAGAAGGCCGAGUACAUCUGCCGUCUGCUCCAUGGCCUCUUAUUAUCGGACCCCGACAAGGACAUUACAGGGUGGAGCGAGAACGAUGGCUGUGAGUAG